UUUGCACGGAAUUCAAAUUUUGAUGAUAAUUUUGCGCGAUUAUUAUUAUAUACUAAUUAUGUAUGGAGAAAUGCUAAAGAAUCUGGUAUUUUACAACAAGUUCGAAUUAGUAAAGAUAAGGAAAUUGUGUUUGUUGAUAAAAAAGUUCUAAAAAUGUUACACAAUAUCUAUAUUUAUACAAAGUUUAAAUCUGAACAUUUUUGUAUUUUUUAA